CCGCCGCACACACACACAGAAUUCCCAUGUCUGUUCUUUCAGGAGCACGAUGAGCAGCGCAAUGGAGAAGGUUCUUGUUUAUGCGCCAAUAAGCAAAGAUCCCGAUGCCUUUGAGCCCCUGCCCUCCCUCGAGGAGGCGGCCCGUCGGCGCAGGUGGCAGCACCACCCAGAAAGGGCGGAGAAGAUAAUCGCCAGGAGGAGGAAGUACAAGGAGAAGAUAAUCGCCAGGAGGAGGAAGUACAAGGAGACGGAGCGGGUGAGCUGGGCUGCACUGCGUGACAUGGCUGCAUGGGAUAAAUCAGGCACACACGCGGUCUCCGUUUGUGUCAAUCACAUCAUUCCCUGUCUGUCUGUCUGUCUGCACCGCAGAAGUGGCAGAACGACGUGGGCGAGAGGGCAGUGGCCGUAAGCAAGACAGAUCACAGCGACAAGACCUGCAAUCGGCUCACCAGCUGCUGCUGUGUCGUUUGUGUGCAGGAGUACCUAUAUUACCGGUACGGCAUCAAGGCCGACAAGAAGCUCGGCUUCGGCGGCCAGGGGUCUGUGUGGCGGGCGGGGCAGUAUGCGGUCAAAGUCCUCGACCCGAACAUGUCUGCCGGCGGGGUACGUGUGUGAGACGCAUAGACAGAGAACACACAGGUCUGUCAUCAACGGCUUGUCUCUGUCUCUCUGUCUGUCUAUGUGCGUGUUGUGUGUAGGAGAAUGAGGGUCUAUGUACGUCAAGAGGGGGCUGUCCGACUGUCCGCACCUGCCGAAGCACUACUUCUCAUUUACCGUCGAAGGGCGGACAGUCUACGUCAUGGAGUUCUUAAGGGGUACUUCUCGUAAUUAGACGAACGACUUCAUGAGACAGACACUUCAUGAGACCUCAAGGGUACGCGCACCACGCCCUUCAGGAGUUGCGCAUGUCUCACCUCCCCGGCUGUGAUUGUCUCUCUGUGCAGGCCGAACCGUGUGGGCAAGGAACGUCAUUCGAGACACUCUCUCAAGGCCCUGCGCUUCCUCCACAGCAGGCGG